UGGUGAACGUGAUCAUCAGCAGUGACGCCUACAUGGUGAUGCAAGUGCGCAAGAGCAACAACGAAUCCAAGGUGGUACCAGACGCGUCACAGAGUCAGAGAAAGCAGCUGACAAACUACAAGCGGUUCGAGAUCAGACAGCGUGCUGAGGAAGAGCAGGCGGACGACUCCGGCGACGAACAGAAGCCCAAGAAGGGGCUGGAGUCUGUCAUACUGUCCAUCGACACUGGGGCCAAACCAGGACAGCGUGAACCAUCAUCGUCGGACCACAAGAAGGAAGAAGCUUUCGACCGCAUCCAGAAUGCUUUGAAGAGCUUCAUAACGCCAGAUAAUAGCCCAAACAACCUGAUGUUCAGAGCUCAGGAGGAGUAUAAUGUCAAACCGGAGAUAGUCCACUUUAGGGCCAGGGAGCAACCCUCUCUGAAGGUGGAAAUCAACUCUCAGUCUAUCGUGAAGGCUCUACAGGACCUGCUGAGUUCGUCUACUGUGCGCCGCUACGCAGACGUCGCCGCGAGGAAGGCUGCGGUAGUGUACCGUGCUUUCACCGAAGAAAUGGCACGCAGCGAGGAUGAACAACGUCCCCUCUACCGGCACUAAAGCCUGCGUUAAGGUGCCUUUCCACCAGAGAUGUGCUGCGAUGCUACGGAUGCCUUUGAUAUCCACCAAUCAUAUUCAUUGGCGCACAUAGCAUAG